GUCAGGAUCGCAGCGAAGCCACUUUAAUAAAGAGAUUUAAAGGUGACGGUGUCCGAUACAAGGCCAAGCUGAUUGGGAUAGACGAGGUUUCUGCCGCCCGAGGAGACAAGUUAUGCCAGGAUUCCAUGAUGAAGCUCAAGGUUUGUGUAACAGAUGAGGAGAAUCUGAGGCUGGUUGUCGCUGAUGAGCUUUCGAGAUCGCUGGCUGCAGGAGGCGGGUGGGCUGUGAUGCUUGCCGAGUCAGAAGCACUUAACAUCCCAAGGAGGUAA